CAGGUCUUGCAAUUACAGAAGACCAGAAGUUGAUAACAUUAAACGAGACACGGAAAUCUGAUCUCUUUGUUUUCAACAAAGAUGGCGGUGUAGAAAACCGUAAUUUAUACGAACCAUUAAUUAAGCGACAUGAAAAAUCGAAAUGUCGAUUUUUGGCGUAUUACUCUAAUGAAGUCGUCGUAUCUGAUUUAGGUUUAAGUAUGAUGUAUAAAACUACUGUGGAUGGUAAAUUGAUCAAAACCUUCGGCACUUUUGGAAAUAUUGAGGGAACCAUGAACGAACCAUCUGGCAUCGCUUUGGAUCCGACAGGAACCAUGCUUAUUGGCGAUAGCAGAAACGAUCGUAUACAGGUCUUUGAUUGGGAAGGUGAAUAUAUGGGUAAAGUGACUUUCUCUCAUCCCAUUCGAAGACCGUCUGACAUAACUUUGACUAAAGAUGGACGUCUGUACGUUCUUAAUUACUUGAAUCAUCACUUAGCAAUUUAUGCUCUUAAAAUAGAGUAAUUUUCAAAUCUGUUCUUCACAGAUUAAUCAUUGUGAAUUUUAAGUAUUGAACAUAUUAAAUUGAAUUCAUACUGUUUAUCAGAUUUUGAAUUCUUUUUCAUAUUGUAUUCUUUAAGUUUCUUACAAUGUAAUGUACAUGUAUUGCAUUUAAUUUCAUAAAUUAA